AUGGCGAAGAAAAACACCGUUACUGGUUCGAAAAUAAAGCGGAAAAGACAAGAUGAGUCACCGGAGGUUUCGGAGUCAGAAGAAAUUGACGUGCAAGGACUCAUAGAUGACGAAGCCAGCGAAGAUUCUGAGGAUGAAGUUGAGAGCGAAGACCAAGUAUUUGAGAAUUCUGACGCCGAUUCCGACGAGGAACUCAACAAUUUGAUUGGAGAAGAAGAAGACGUUAGCGACGUGGACUCGGAGGACUUCUCGGACGAGCUUCAAGACGACUCGAAUAGCAUAACUGACAAAUUGACCAAUGUUCGUAUCAGGACCUCAUCGCAGAGUUCGAAUGAAAACGUUCAUGGAUUAUUUGCAGAUGGAACCGAACGUAUAAUAAAACCGGAAAUAGAACCUGUUUACGACAGCGACGACAGUGAUCACGAAAACUUCAAUACCAUUGGAAAUAUUCCCUUGUCUGCCUAUGAGGAAAUGCCCCACAUUGGGUACGAUAUCAAUGGUAAGAGGAUCAUGAGACCUGCUAAGGGUUCAGCCUUGGACCAGUUGUUGGAGUCCAUUGACCUUCCUGAAGGCUGGACAGGACUUCUCGACCAGAACACUGGCUCUUCGUUGAAACUUACCGACGAAGAGUUGGAGUUGAUUCGUAAGAUUCAACACAACGAAAACACCGACGAUAAUAUCAAUCCAUACGAACCCACCAUCGAGUGGUUUACGUCUAAGACCGAAGUCAUGCCUCUCACAGCAGUCCCUGAGCCUAAAAGACGUUUUGUUCCUUCGAAACAUGAGGCUAAGCGUAUCAUGAAAAUUGUAAGGGCUAUAAGAGACGGUAGAAUUGUUCCACCUGAGAAGCGAAAAGAACAACAAGAUGAAGAACAGUACAAUUUCGACUUGUGGGACGACAACACCGAUGAACCCAAUGAACAUAUCAUGAACUUGAGAGCUCCCAAACUUCCUCCACCCACUAACGAGGAGUCGUAUAACCCACCAGAAGAGUAUCUUAUGACAGAAGAGGAAAGAAAGAAAUGGGAAGAAACCGAUCCUUCUGAGAGAGAGACAAACUUUAUUCCACAAAAGUAUGGAUCUCUCCGUAAAGUUCCAGCAUACCAGGAGAAUUUGAGAGAAAGAUUCGAAAGAAGUUUGGACUUAUACUUGGCUCCUAGAGUUCGUCACAACAAGUUGAACAUUGACCCCGAUUCAUUGAUUCCAGAUUUACCAUCUCCCAAAGAUUUGCGUCCUUUCCCUAUCAAAUGCUCAACUAUAUUCCAGGGCCAUAUUGGCAGAGUGAGAACGUUGUCCAUUGAUCCACUGGGAUUGUGGCUCGCUACUGGAGGAGACGACGGUACAGUCAGAGUGUGGGAGAUUCUUACGGGAAGACAAGUUUACCAUUGUGAUGUCGUUGACAAGAAGAAAGAUGACGACAACAUUGAUAGCUUAGAAUGGAAUCCAGAUGCCAGUGUUGGUAUAUUAGCUGUGGCUGCUGGUGAGUCGGUAUACUUGUUGGUACCUACAAUUUUGGGAUACGAAAUUGAGAACGCUGGAAGACUGAAGAUUGAAGUAGGAUGGGGUUACGAUACUUAUGGUAACAAGAAUAAGCGAGGAGAUCUCAAUGUUAAUGGAGAAGAGGAUAAUGAGAGUGGUGCGAAUGAGGUGAAGAAAGAAGUCACCAAAUGGUUGACACCAAUGGAAGGUCAAUCUCAACAAGGUAUUGCUGCAAUUAUACAGUGCAGAAAGGCUGUUAAAAACUUGUCGUGGCAUCGUAAGGGAGAUUAUUUUGUCACUGUAUCUCCCGAUAGUGGAAACACUUCGGUGUUAAUUCACCAACUUUCCAAGCACUUGUCACAAUCUCCUUUCCGCAAGUCCAAAGGUAUUAUCGUCGAUGCCAAAUUCCACCCAUUUAAGCCUCAACUUUUCGUGGCUUCGCAAAGAAGUAUCAAGAUCUACGACUUGUCUCAGCAAGUUUUGACCAAAAAGUUGAUGCCUGGUGCCCGUUAUUUAUCGGGAAUUGAUAUCCAUCCUCGUGGUGAUCAUCUCUUGGCUUCUUCCUACGACAAGCGAGUCUUGUGGCACGAUUUGGACUUGUCUAAUACCCCAUAUAAGACAUUAAGGUAUCACGAAAAAGCCGUUAGAAACAUCAAGUUCCACAAGGGACGCUUACCCUUGUUUGCAUCAGCUUCCGACGAUGGCAGCGUCCAUGUAUUCCAUGGCACAGUCUACGACGACUUAAUGACGAACCCAUUAUUGGUUCCAUUGAAAAAAUUGACGGGACAUAAAGUUGUUCAUAGUUUGGGAGUGUUGGACUUGGUAUGGCACCCUAAGGAAGCAUGGUUGUUCACAGCGGGAGCCGACGGAACCGCUCGGUUGUGGACCACGUAA